AUGGCGACCACGUCGAUGGACUACGAGAACGCCAAUGGCGACCGUUUCGAUGACGAGGCUCCUCGCUACGAACGAGACCGCAGUGCUUCUCCUCGCCGCGAUGAUGGCCACGAGUCGCGUCGCCGCUCCAUGUCACCCAACGGUAACGACCGUGCCCCGGUUAAGAGUGAUAACAACUCCCAGAAGGGUGAAGAUGGUGCCGUCAAUCCUGGCUCCAACCUCUUCGUCACCGGCAUCCAUCCUCGUCUCGAGGAGGCCGAGGUUACCCGUCUGUUCGAGAAGUAUGGCGAGGUUGAGAAGUGCCAGAUCAUGAAGGAUCCCCACACUGGCGAGUCCCGUGGCUUUGGCUUCGUCAAGAUGGUUACUUCCGAAAUGGCUGAGGCUGCGAUUGAUGGCCUUCGUGGUGAGGUGAUUGAGGGUCGCACUCUUUCUAUUGAGAAGGCUCGUCGCGCCCGUCCUCGCACUCCCACCCCGGGCAAGUACUUCGGUCCUCCCAAGCGCGAAGAUGGCCGUGGUCGUUUUGAUGACCGUCGUCGUGGUGGUGGCUAUGGCGGCGGUUAUGGCGGCGGUGGUUACCGUGGUGGAGACGACUCAUACCGUGGCGGCUCUCACCGUGGUUAUCGUGGGGAUGACCGCGCUUACGACCGUGGGGCCCCUGAUCGUGGAUACGACCGCGGCUAUGGUGGCGGCGGCGGCGGUGGCCGUGACUAUCGCGAUGACCGUGGCUACGGCCGUGAUUACCGUGAUGACCGCGGGUAUGACCGCCGCGAGCGUGACGACAACUAUGGUGGCCGUGGUGGCAUUGACCGCUACGCCGGCCGUGAUGAUCGUGGCUAUGGCGGCGGACGUGGUGGCGGUGAUGACCGUCGGGGUGGUCCCAGCUACGACCGUGGUGACCGCGCUGACCGUGGCUACGAUCGUCCGAGUGAGCGCGACUCCCGUCCUCGUGACGCCGCUCCUCCUGCCGCUGCCGGCUAUGGCGACGCUGCUCCCCGCGGCGACAGCCGUGACCCCUACGGCGCUCGCUAA